AAGACUCUCACUUUAUACAUUUCAAGUUUCAACAAACCCAAGCUACGCCUAAUUAGCUAAGCUCCAACUCUUCUCUUCAUAUAUAUCCCACCACCCCUUUUCUCUUUUCCACCAUUCCUCCUCACAACAAAAGUUCACACUUCUUCACUUUUUUUUUUCUCCUCCUCACUGGUCUUCUUUUCAAUGGGUUUUGAUGAUAUUUGCAACCCGGGCCUGGUUUUAGGAUUAGGCUUUUCCUCAACAACCGAUCAGAAAUCAACAAAAAUAGCACCACUUGGCAAAGGACCGUCUCUUGGGUUUGAACCUUCGCUAACUUUAAGCCUUUCAGGUGAUCGUACCUACGAACAACAAGUUAUGAAGAAGGUUAAUGUUACGAAGCCGUUGAUAAAUGAUCAUCAAUCAGCUGAUUUAUAUCGUCAAGAUAGUACUGCUGCUUCUUCCUAUUCAAAUGCUAGUGUGAAAAGGGAGAGAGAUGUUGGUAGUGAAGAGACGACGACGGAAAUAGAGAGAGUUUCCUCAAGAAUUAGCGAUGAAGAUGAUGAUGGUUCUAAUGCUCGGAAGAAACUUAGGCUCACUAAAGCACAAUCUGCCCUUUUGGAAGAGAGCUUCAAGCUACACAGCACUCUCAAUCCUAAACAAAAACAGGAUUUAGCCAGGGACCUGAAUUUAAGGCCUCGCCAAGUUGAAGUCUGGUUCCAGAACAGAAGAGCCAGAACAAAGCUGAAGCAAACAGAGGUUGACUGUGAGUUCCUGAAAAAAUGUUGCGAGACACUGACAGAGGAAAACAGGAGGCUUCACAAGGAGUUACAAGAACUGAAGGCUCUAAAAAUAGCACAACCUUUGUACAUGCAGUUGCCGGCAGCCACCUUAACUAUGUGUCCUUCAUGCGAGAGGAUCGGUGGUGUCGGAGAAAAUCCAACAAAAAAUCCUUUCACUAUUGCUCAGAAGCCUCACUUCUACAGUCAAUUCACCAAUCCAUCAGCAGCUUGUUAAUUAUAGACCAUAUAUAUAGUAUAUAAUAAUAGUAGUAUCAUGUUUAGAAAAAUCUCCCAAACCCGCCACUUUUUUUGGUUAUGGGCUUGUAUGAAAAUCAAAUGAGUAGUUCAGUUGUAUGUGUAGAGUUAGAGUUGAGGUCACUAAUCAAUCUUUUUAAUUUGUUUUCUUAUGGUCCAUAUUAUAAGUCUGUAAAUCAUUAAGGAAUAUAUACAUAUGGAUGGAUUAUUAUUUAUUAUAUUGUA